UUUGGUCGCCUUGUUGGAGAAAGCAUGGCAGCCUGGUUUCCUGAUGGUAUCCAUGCAGAUGGUAGUAUUUAUCGUAUUGUGCCAGGUGGAUACGCUGUUGUAGGGGCUGCAGCGCUGGCAGGUGCAGUGACUCACACGAUUUCCACCUCCGUGAUUGUUUUUGAGCUGACAGGCCAGAUCUCCCACAUCCUUCCAGUGAUGAUAGCAGUCAUUCUAGCCAAUGCCGUUUCCCAAAGUCUGCAGCCCUCUGUCUAUGACAGCAUUAUUCGCAUCAAGAAACUUCCGUACCUUCCUGAGCUCGGUUGGGGACAUCUUGAGUACGUGGAUGACGGUGGCCUUCUUGAAGGAGGUGGAGACUUCUGCUUUUAGGAGGGAGAGGUUGAAGAUGUUGGUGAAUACCUCAG